CGGAGGCGCCGGACUUGGCUGCCGAUGCACAGUCCCGCGGUGGUCCGGUAACUGCCGCUGUGGCAGCGCCCGGGAGGAGGUGGCCUGGGAGCCUGAGAGAGAGGGAGAGGGAGACUGGCAGGGAGGAGGCGGAGGCAGGGGCAGGGCCGCCGCGAGGGAGCAGGCAGGCGCGCGGCGGCUGCCCCAGGGCUGGGAGCAGAGGCCGGGCGGGGGCGGGGACUGGCCGCGCGACGGGCGCCAGGCCCGGGGCUGUAGGCACGGUGCCCAGCCCCCGGCGCACGCCGAGCCGCCGCCGCCGCCGCUGCUGCAGUCGGCAUCCAUCAGCGGGCGGGGGUGUCGCGGACCAGGCUGCUCCGCAGAGCCCAACGCGGCCCGGCGCGCCCGCCCCGCCCCGCGGCCUGCCGGCCCGCAGGAGCCGAGGGGGCGCCCCCCGCCCAGCCUACCCGAGAUGGGGACCCCCAGGCCCAGGCGUGCUGGUCACCAUGACAACAGAGACAGGCCCAGAUUCUGAGGUGAAGAAGGCUCAGGAGGAGGCCCCGCAGCAGCCUGAGGCAGCCGCCGCAGCUACCACCCCUGUGACCCCCGCAGGCCACGGCCAUCCCGAGGCCAACUCCAAUGAGAAGCAUCCGGCCCAUCAGGACGCUCGGCCUGCUGAACAGAGCCUAGACAUGGAGGAGAAGGACUACGGGGAGGCCGAUGGCCUGUCAGAGAGGACCACGCCCAGCAAGGCCCAGAAAUCGCCCCAGAAGAUUGCCAAGAAAUACAAGAGUGCCGUCUGCCGAGUCACUCUGCUCGAUGCCUCUGAGUAUGAGUGUGAGGUGGAGAAACACGGCAGGGGCCAGGUGCUGUUUGACCUGGUCUGUGAGCACCUCAACCUCCUGGAGAAGGACUACUUUGGCCUGACCUUCUGUGAUGCCGACAGCCAGAAGAACUGGCUGGACCCCUCCAAGGAAAUCAAGAAGCAGAUCCGGAGCAGCCCCUGGAAUUUUGCCUUCACAGUCAAGUUCUACCCCCCUGACCCUGCCCAGCUGACAGAAGACAUCACAAGAUACUACCUGUGCCUGCAGCUGCGGGCGGACAUCAUCACGGGCCGCCUGCCCUGCUCCUUCGUCACGCAUGCCCUGCUGGGCUCCUAUGCCGUGCAGGCUGAGCUGGGCGACUAUGACGCCGAGGAACAUGUGGGCAACUAUGUCAGCGAGCUCCGCUUCGCCCCUAACCAGACCCGGGAGCUGGAAGAAAGGAUCAUGGAGCUGCACAAGACGUACAGGGGCAUGACCCCAGGAGAAGCAGAAAUCCACUUCCUAGAGAACGCCAAGAAGCUUUCUAUGUACGGAGUAGACCUGCACCAUGCCAAGGACUCUGAGGGCAUCGACAUCAUGUUAGGAGUCUGUGCCAAUGGCCUGCUCAUCUACCGGGACCGGCUGAGGAUCAACCGCUUCGCCUGGCCCAAGAUUCUCAAGAUCUCCUACAAGAGGAGUAACUUCUACAUCAAGAUCCGGCCUGGGGAGUAUGAGCAGUUUGAGAGCACGAUUGGCUUUAAGCUCCCAAAUCACCGGUCGGCCAAGAGACUGUGGAAGGUCUGCAUUGAGCAUCAUACGUUCUUCCGGCUGGUGUCCCCUGAGCCCCCACCCAAGGGCUUCCUGGUGAUGGGCUCCAAAUUUCGGUAUAGUGGGAGGACCCAGGCACAGACCCGCCAGGCCAGCGCCCUCAUCGACCGGCCCGCGCCCUUCUUUGAGCGUUCCUCCAGCAAACGGUACACCAUGUCCCGCAGCCUUGACGGAGCAGAGUUCUCUCGCCCAGCCUCUGUCAGUGAGAACCACGACGCAGGACCUGACAAUGACAAGCGGGAGGAGGAUGGCGAGUUUGGGGGGCAGCGGUCAGAGGCUGAGGAGGGAGAGGUCAGGACCCCCACCAAGAUCAAGGAGUUAAAGCCGGAGCAGGAAACCACGCCGAGACACAAGCAGGAGUUCUUAGACAAGCCAGAGGAUGUCUUGCUGAAGCACCAGGCCAGCAUCAACGAGCUCAAGAGGACCUUGAAGGAACCCAACAGCAAACUGAUCCACCGGGAUCGAGACUGGGAGCGGGAACGCAGGCUGCCCUCGUCUCCCGCCUCCCCCUCCCCCAAGGGCACCCCUGAGAAGGUCAACGAGUCCCAGAGGACCCAGGACACCUCUCAGCAGGACUUGGCACCUGAGCCUGGGACGGCCACAGGCUUGGAAGUGUUCACUCAGAAAAGCCUCGCAGCGUCUCCUGAGGGUUCAGAGCAUUGGGUAUUUAUAGAAAGAGAGUACCUUAGGCCAGAAGAACUCAGUCUCCUAAAAGUGACCACCACACAGCAGGAAGAAAGGGAGGCAGGCCUCGCAGACAUGCUUGCUGACGGCAGACUCUCCAAGGUAGACGUCCUGGUGGACAAGUUCACCUUUGAAAUGGCCACAGAAGAAAAGGUGGGAGCCAGAGGAGCAAACAUCCAGCGACAAGGAAGAAUGAUCAUGAGCCCUGAAGACUUCGAGUCAGUGUGGGGGGAAUGCCCCUGGGUCAGGGAAGGCCCAGGAGGGGCUUCUCUGGCUGCAGGCUGCACGCUGGCAGGAACGCUCCCAGAGGGCUCCUGGUUCAGGGUGGACCCUGGGGAGGCAACCAUCAGGAAGCAGCGGGCCUCCGGGGGUCAGCUGGAGGGCCUGGCGGAGCUGAGGCAGGAGCGGGAGGAGUUCCAGGCUCACAGAAGACCCGCCGCCCCAGCCACCGGCCCCGCAGAGGUGGAUGUCCCCUCUCUAGCCUCCGACGCGGGAGGACUCCAGUCGUUUCUGCUGGACCCAGCCUACGCAGAAGCCAGAGCCGACUCGAGCGAUGAAACCGACACUUCCUUUGCAGAGAGAAGCUUCUAUUUAAACUAUGGAGAGAAAGAGUCUGAAGACCAAGUCCUCCCUCCGGCCCUGGAGGAGAGAGAAGAGCACUUAGAUGCCCCACCUGGCUGUGAGACCGGGCGGAAGCUCUCGGAGGAGCUCACGGAGAGCUCAGAGCUGGACUCCUCCAGCCCGUGGGGCUCUGCUGCCGCUGUCGGCAGAAACAAGCACCAUGAGGGUGAAGCCCACUCAGCUUCCUCAGAGGGAGGGGCGGGGCCCCCCAGGAACCAAGGACCAGAUGACCUGGAGGUCUUUGUCAAGCAGCUCGGAAAGGGACCUUCUCCAGGGCUGAUGUUUGCUGAGGACUGGGACGAAGCCCGGUGGGAGAUGCAAGGAGAGUCUACCCACCCAGCAUCCUCAGUAGCUGCAGAGGAAGAGACCCCCCAGAGUGGAGAUUUGAUGGGAAAGGCUGCGAAAAGUCCCCCAGGAGAAUGGAACCACUCACCUCACAGAGGAGGGGGCGUGCGUCCAGACCGCCAGGCCUGUGCCCUUCCGUGGGCCAUCCCUCCUAGUGAUGUCAGGAAGCCAGCCAAGCUGGACAGAGGCAACUUCCUGACCAGAGAGAGGGGACCAGUUCACACCCAAACAGGAGAACCUGUGACAGAGGACAGCAAGGCCCCAGUGUUUCUUCAGAUGGAGGCGAUCACCCCCUUCCCAACCUCGCCCCGUCCCUUUGCGGCUCAGACAUCUCCAGAGGAAGCUUCUUCAAGCCCAGCCCCUUAUGGGUCGGGGGAGCCUGUGCAGCUCAGGGACCGCUUUGGAGAACAGUCCCCUGUAUUUCUCAAACAUGCCCAUCCUCCUAAAGAGAGCCCGGAGCCCAAGGACCGAGUAGGGCUGGCUGUGACCCCAGACGGAGGUGAGCGCAGGGCCCCUCCCAUCGCCAGCAGGAAGCCCAGAGUUGUCCCUGAAGAAGCCCAGGGGUUGCUGUUCCCUUCAGGGAAGCAAAAGGAGAUGACCUCUUUCCAGGCUGGGGGUCAAGAGGGCUCCCUGGAAGAUAUUAGCAAGACCUCUGUGGCCAACAAGAUUCGUAUCUUUGAGACCCACGGAGCUGAAACUCGCUGGGCGAGUCAGGGUGAAACCAGGGCCUUUGCAAACGAGUUGUCUUCGGAGGCCUCCGUGGGGCAGGUCGAGCAACAGCGGAGUAGGCGUUUAGACCUGGGAUUUGCUCAGUUCCAGCCCCCAGGGGACUUUGCUGCCCCCAAAGCCACACAUUCCUCCAUGAUGCCGCCAGCUACCAGACACUUCCGGGAGGGCAUUUCUACCCCAUCCCCCCGGGAAGGAUGCAUGGACGUCGAGCUCGUGUCCCCCAGUCCAGGCUGUGAAACUACACUGGAGGAAGCUACUGGGGGAACUGGCCACAACAAAUCCGGAGACACGGUCAGGCAAGAGAAGCACGUUACCAGCUUAGCAGCGAAUCCCCCAGGAAAGGGGGGGCACCUGAGAUUCACCAGCCCCUCAGGCCCUCAGAGAGCAGGGCUGAGGGAGGGCUCCGAGGAGAAAGUCAAACCGCCACGGCCCAGGGCCCCAGAGAGUGACACGGGAGACGAGGACCAGGACCAGGAGAGGGACGCGGUGUUCCUGAAGGACAACCACCUGGCCAUUGAGCGUAAGUGCUCCAGCAUCACGGUCAGCUCCACGUCCAGCCUGGAGGCCGAGGUCGACUUCACAGUCAUCGGCGACUACCACGGCAGCGCCUUCGAAGACUUCUCCCGCAGCCUGCCUGAGCUUGACCGAGACAAAAGUGACUCAGAAACCGAGGGCCUGGUGUUCUCCCGGGAUCUCAGCAAACGGGGCCCGAGCCAGGAUGACGAGUCUGGGGGCAUCGAGGACAGCCCGGACCGAGGGGCCUGCUCCACCCCGGAUAUGCCCCAGUUCGAGCCCGUGAAAACGGAAACCAUGACAGUCAGCAGCCUGGCUAUCAGGAAGAAGAUCGAGCCGGAGGCUGUACUGCAGACCAGAGUUGCCACUGUGGACACCACCCAGCAGGUUGAUGGGACUGCCCCAGGGGGGAAGGAGUUCAUAACAACUACUCCCUCCAUCACCACGGAGACCAUAUCAACCACCAUGGAGAACAGUCUCAAGUCCGGGAAGGGGGCAGCUGCCAUGAUCCCAGGCCCACAGACGGUGGCCACGGAAAUCCGUUCUCUUUCUCCGAUCAUCGGGAAAGAUGUCCUCACCAGCACCUACGGCGCCACCGCGGAAACCCUCUCCACCUCCACCACCACCCAUGUUACCAAAACUGUGAAAGGAGGAUUUUCUGAGACGAGGAUCGAGAAGCGGAUCAUCAUCACCGGGGACGAAGAUGUCGAUCAAGACCAGGCCCUGGCUUUGGCCAUCAAGGAGGCCAAACUGCAGCAUCCUGACAUGCUGGUAACCAAAGCUGUCGUAUACAGAGAAACAGACCCAUCCCCAGAGGAGAGGGACAAGAAGCCGCAGGAAUCCUGACCUCUGUGAAGAGUUGCUGGCGUUUCUGGUCCAACCCAAGCCAGAGAACCGUAAAGAAGGGGCCUUCAUUCUGGAUUCUCCAACUGAACACCGACGUCCCAGCUGCGACGUACUGUCCCUGAUGAGAGACUGGGAAAGGAAAAGCAUAUAUAUAUAGAUAUAUAUAGAUAUAGAUAUAUAUACGGGAAACAUCACGUCCUUGCACUGCUGCCGGGGCUGGCCGAGCAUUCGGCCGACAGCAACGGCCAACAUCUGAACGCCUACAUUUCCUGUGCAGACAAAUUGAAGAAUUGGUAGGAUUGUUCAGGAAAAAAAAAAUUAUAACAACAAUAAUCCCUUGCUCCGCCCCCCUCACCCCCUGCCGCGCCUGUCCCACCCCCCCUUGAAGCCCCGCGGAACAACCAAGGCAAGCCAGACCACGCUGAUUGUAGAAGUACAAUGCGACCCGGGUUCUACACGUUCCAUUCAGUGGACGAGCAUUCCAUUUCUUUUUCUCCUGCGUCUGUUGCCCACUCAAAUGCAAAGGAAAACACUUUUGCAGCCAAGCAAGAGAAGCUGCAGCAGCAAGACACGCCCUGCCAAACGUUUUCCAAGAAAGAGAGAAAAUUCCCUGCUCGGAAAGGAGGAGGAGGAACACUAGAUUCUUAUUUUUUGGGUCUUGACACUGGGCUGCAAAAUCCACCUUCCUUUCUUCCGCCUCCCCUCCCUGUCGACUGUCACACAUCUUGUCAGUCAUUUUCUGUCUGGGUUCCCUCCUCCCUCUCCCCCACCCCACCCCCGCCUCACCUUCUGUGUCCUGGUCCUGCUGAGGGCCACUGCAGAUGACUCUCAUUGGAAGCGAGAAAAAGCAAAGCAAAGCAAGAAUGUGAAACGAAGCCACAGGAGGUGAAGUAGACAUUGUAUGUUAUGGGUUCUCAUUAUGAAGGUGCAGCUCGUAGAUUUGUAUGGAUGUGCUUUUAAGUUAUGUAUAUUACAUAUAACAGGAAACAAAUAUUAAAAUAAACAGUGCUGGUAAGUAUGAAGCUGACAUUUUAAAAUUAUAA